GCUUCCACUCGGAACUCCUGUGCGGGAGUCGACCCAAUUAUAACUGUUUCAUCUCUCUCAGUUGUGUUACUAUCCUACAACCCCGCUCUAAUCUUCUCUGACUGAUGAAGCUUCAAGGAAUCGCUGAGCAAGUCUAUAGCUUGGCUGAUUCCAAUGACCCAUUAGCCCCGCUAGUGAAGGAAGCGCUAGAUGUUAUUGACCAGAGUCUCAGUGACCUUGGCCAGGAUCACGUAUCAAUAAGCUUCAACGGUGGAAAAGAUUGUACCGUUUUGCUUCACCUGCUCGCAGGUGCAUUGGAAAAGAGAAGAUCGUCUUCAAACAUCACGUCUUCGAUACCAGCAAUAUACAUCGCCGUUCCAUCGCCGUUUCCUGUGCUGGAGCAGUUCAUAGAGGAGACUAAGCAGCAGUACAAUCUCGACUUAUUUUGCGUUCGGCCACCUGAGAGUGACACAGUUGAAAGCGUAGUGACGCCAGAAGUACAGAAGUCUGGGAAGGACUAUGUCAGUCAUCUGCCCCACCCAAAAGCUGUCGGGAAAUCCAAAGGCGGAGAGGGGAUGCGGCAAGCACUCGAGAUCUAUAAGAAACGGUUUCCGCACAUCAGAGGUAUCCUCAUCGGCACUCGCAGGUCAGAUCCACAUGGGUCUAAGGUUACACAUAGAUGUAUGACGGACCCAGAUUGGCCUCAGUUUGAGAGGAUCAAUCCAAUCAUCGACUGGUCCUAUGGCGAUGUUUGGACGUUCUUACGGCAACUGCAUGUUCCGUAUUGCUCUUUGUACGACUACGGGUUUGUGCUGAUUAUUGGCUUUCGGUGACACCCAAUCUCACAUCGUUGUCACGACAGAUACACAUCCUUGGGAUCGACUUACAACACGUUCCCAAAUCCUGCGCUCCUUGUAGCUGAAUGUUCCAUUCUCAGUCCUUUUACCGACCACUCGUCACUCAAUCCAGUGCCAGUCUCUAACUCUAUGAUCUCGCCGACUAAGGUUCCCUCCAAGGAAUUUUCACCUGAACAGGCGCCGGGAAAGUAUCGACCAGCGUAUGAGCUAGGAGAUGAAAGAUUAGAGCGCGCUGGAAGAGGAAUACAGCCUAUGCUGACAGUUCGGUGACUGGAUGUAUUUCGUAGAAAACCAAAUAGAGUCUAAUCCGAAAAAUCUCCGAUUCUAAC